AUGGCUAUCCGUGCUCCCGUUCAGGUCCGUGGUGGUGGUUUUGGCCUUGAUGCUGAACUUGCACGUAAAGCUGCUGAACGUUAUGAUUACGACAUGGAGAACGAAGCGCGGGUGUGGCUCGAGACCAUCUCGGAGAUGCAGAUUGGAGACGAUUUUGGCGAAGGUUUACGUGAUGGUAUUAUCCUCUGUACUGUCGCGAAUAAGAUUCAUUCCAGUGUGAUUAAACGCGUGGAGAUCAAGUCGAAGAUGCCGUUUAAGCUGAUGGAGAAUGUAUCGGCGUUCCUUAAAGCUUGUCGCGUCAUGGGUGUCAAUGAAUUUGAUUUGUUUGAGACAGUGGAUUUAUUUGAACUCAAGGACUUGGGCAAUGUGGUGCGCUGCAUUUUUGCACUGGGUCGUGCUGUACAACGGAACUACCCGGAGUUUAAAGGUCCUACUCUUGGUGUUAAGGAGAGCAGCAAGAAUCGACGCUCGUUUACAUCUGACCAGCUCGCUGGUGGUAGAAACAUCCCUGCACAGCAGACACUUGGUAGUUUUCGUACGAUGAAGCGGCAGACAACGUCGUAUACGAACAACGUCAUGCUUGGAGCUGAUGCUGCCCAGAGCGGGUACCGAGCACCUCCUCCUCCGCCACCUCCGUCGGCCGAGAAGAUUGAGCAGUUGUCUCGAUUCCGCAAGGAUGAUCAAUUAGCACCAUUCCAUUCGCAGCCGAAGGGAAGAGCAUCGCCUUUUAAGCUUGUACCAACGAAGGAGGAAAUUGCGGCGACGGUUGCGGAGCUUUCAGAUGAGGUAGACAAGACGUCCCUGAGCGAAAAGAAGGUUACGUUGUCAGCCUCAGGGCUGAAGAGCACAGCUGAUUACUCUGGGCCUACAGCUGAAGAGGAAGCGCAAGAGUGGAUUGAGGCGGUACUUGGCGAGAAAUUUCUGGCGAGCUUUGCUGACAGCCUGAAGGACGGCGUGAUGCUAUGUACAGUAAUGAACAAGAUUAAGCCAGGAUUCAUUCCGCACAUCCAGACGUCGACGAUGCCAUUCAAGCAGAUGGAGAACGUCAGCAACUUUGUUCGCGCGUGCCGUAACAUUGGCGUUGCAGAAUUUGAUCUUUUCGAGACGGUGGAUCUGUACAAUCAAAAGAAUCUUGGACAGGUUGUACAGUGCAUCCACGCGCUGGGCCGUACGAUUCAGAAGACCAUGCCCGAGUACGAUGGCCCCCAUCUUGGCGUCAAGGAGUCCACUGUGAAUCUGCGUCAGUUCUCUGAUGCUCAGCGACGUGAAGCUGUGUCAGCCGUGCCAGUGCUAGCACAUGGCAGUCAGUCUGUUAUGGAGCGACGUCCGUUUGAUCACUCCGCAUCGAUCACUUUCCGCUACGACACAGCUGCCGCCGCUGCCGCUGCUGCUGACAAGAUGAGCAGCGAAAAGACGUCAUCGAAGUUGGAACCCGAUACGGUUGAGCAUGAAGCCCAGCCAGAAACCUCUGUUGAAGCUAAGCUUGCGAAUACUGAAGCUGACGCCACGCCGGCUCAUAAACUAGAGAGGACAGAAUCUGAGAUUGCGUCUGCGCCGGAGAUGGAGGCUAAGAAGGAAGAGCCUGCAAAAUUGCAGGAGUCUGCGCCGGAGACGGAGGAUAAGAAGGAAGAGCCUGCAAAAUUACAGGAGUCUGCACCGGAGUCAGAGGCUACGAAGGAAGAGCCUGCAAAAUUGCAGGAGUCUGCACCGGAGUCGGAGGCUAAGAAGGAUGAGCCAGCAAAGUUACAGAAGUCAAGCUGGCUAGCGCAGCGGGUUGCAUCUUUGAAUACGACGAACAUUGGAAGCGCUGUGAAGUCGCGCCUACCUGUUGGAGGCUCAACUACAGCACUUCCGACCCGUACUGUCUGGAGCUAA